UCAAGAUUUUAUGUAGUUUGCUUCUCCAAUUCGUUUUUAAGAAAUAGAAGAAGAAGCCCUAAUUACUGGAGCAAUAGUUAUGGUUUUUGCAGUAGUUUUUGGUGCAAUAGCAAUACUAUAAACAUUUUGUGAACAUCAUCAUGUAGAAUUCAUGAGAGAAGCAUCAGUUCCAAUUAUUUUUGGAUUAAUAUUUGGUUUAAUAACUUUUAUAGAAUAUUUUUCAACUGGACUGUAUUUUGAUUCAAAGAUCUUCUCUUUUGCAUUAUUGCCUAUAAUUGUUUUUAAGGAAGGUUACUGUUUAAAUAAAUAACAUUUUAUGAAAAACUAUUUUUAUGUUGUUAUUUAUGGUUUAUUUGGCACAAUAGUUCAAUUUAUUAUCUCUUUCAGCUUGACCUACUCAUUAACAAAUUCAAGUAUCUUUAUUAAUAAUUUAGGUAUUUUUUGGGUUCCUCCUAAUACUGACUAAGAGGAUGAGUCAUUUGCCUUUUAAAUGUUCUUUUCAGCAUGUGUAACAUCAAAAGAUAGUGCAGUCACUCUUACUGUUCUUGAAUUUGAACACGCCCCCAAAUUACAUAGUAUAAUCUUUGGAGAAUAAAUUAUAAAUGAUGUUAUUGUAUUUGCUCUUUCCUCUACAAGUCAAAGAUAUAAUAAUGAUAAUGAUAAUUUUGUUAGAGGGAAUUGGUAUAAUUUCUUGAUAUUCAUUGGAUUAACUUUAGCUUAAUUGCUUUUUGGAUUAAUUGUUGGUGUUCUAAUUGGUAAUUAAAACUACUAUUUUAUCUAGGUAUCAUAUCAACAUGGAUUACAAAAAAGGCGAGAAGCAUAUCUGAGCAUUCGUCAAUUUUAACAAUGUUUACAAUCUAUUGUGCUUAUUUCUCAUUCAGUUUUUGUGAGGCUUUUGGUUUCUGUGGCGUUAUGGCUGUAUUAAUUUGCGGUAUUAUGAUGGCUCAUUAUUAAACAUAUAAUUUACCUAAACUAUCGGCUAAUUCAUCUAAGUAAGAAAUUAAAAAUUAUUUAGAAUUACUGUCAAGGCCCUUGCUUAUGCUAGUGAAACUUUUAUAUACUUUUAUAUUGGUUUCGCUGUCACUGGAAAUGAAAUCAAUAAUACUGAAGUUAAGAAUUAUAGCGAAGUAUAUCCUUUUGUACUACUUCAAUUCUUUGUUAUUUAACCAGUUUCUAAAUUAUUAGCUAUGUUAUUAUCAUAAGGAUUAGCUUAUCUGUAAAUCAAUAAUUCUAAUUAUUAGCAUAAAACCAGAUUCUAAAGGUGCUUUAAGAAUUAACAAAUAUGAAUUUCUUAUUUUGUUGUAUUCCGGUUUAAUAAAAGGAGUUAUUGCAUAUGCUUUGAUUUGUGAAGUUCAUACUGAGGAUGCUAUUAGCUCAAUUUAUUAUCCAUAUAUUAAUUAUGCGGCAUUAUAUUUAAUUAUUGGAACAACAUUAUUUUUUGGAGGUUCUUUGAAAUAUGUGACAGAAUGGUCAUAUAAAUAAAUGGAAAUAGAACAUUUAUAAGAAUCAUCAGAAAAUUCAGAAUAUAAAAGCAAUCUGAAAUAAACUUUCAUCCGCGAAGAUAAAAAAGCUUAUGAAAAUGCUACCUAAAAUAAAUCAAAAUGGUUUAAGAAUUUUGAUGAAAACUACAUCAAACCAUUUUUAAUUUACAAUUAUGUUAAUAGAAAACAAGAUAUUUUAAGUGCAAAAAAAAUAAAAAAAAAUAAACAUACUAUCGAAAAGUAAAAUGAAGAAGAAAUGCGUAUGUAUGAGGAUAGUGUAAGAUAAAAAAGAGAAAAAUUAGAAAUGAAAAAUCAAAAUAAAACCAGCAAUCUUACAAAUUUUGAUGUGGAUAGCGAACCAGAAGAAGAUCAUCCUAAACAGCAUGGUCACAACGAGAAAGCUAAUAAACAUCAUUGA